GUCUCUCUCCCCUCUACAGUCUACACCGCUAAACCAGAAGAACCCUAAGCACCCGCGUUUACUCCCUCUCAGAUAUACUAUAAUCUGUCUCCUGAAACUUAGAGGCUUUCUGGUUAGUUUCCCCCACUUUUGGGGAGUUUUAGGUGCGCUAAAUUGUGACUCAUUACUAGAUCCCCAUCAUAAAAAAGAGAAGAAAAUUUAUUAGAGAUUUAAUGUGCCAACCAUGGCCUUCUUGUUCUAAAAAUAUCGUCUACUUAUUCGAUGUUUAAGAGAUUUUAGUGUCAACUAUGGUCUUCGGAAACACAAGAGCAUGAUUCCGAUGCGAAUCGUUGCUUCUUUUGUGCUUCAAAGCCUUCAGCCCUCAGUGCUUCGAUUUAGGUCUCCCCCAACAUCUCUGAGUCGCAGACAUGUCGAAUUGGGCAACGAUAUUUUUCGAAGCACAUUUUAAUUGCGCAAGGUUUAUAUGAAGAGAAAAUUGGUAUUAUGCCGCUGAGAGAUUCCAAGUUUAAAAAAUUCUGUCAGCUCACUUAACCCCACGAAAGCUUCCCCAGUUUCAGUCACCCUUACCCAAUCUACCACUUCAGCAGAUGUUAACAGUGGCAAUCUUGGCCUUCCUUUUCUCGUUGUGUCACCAAGUGCAUUCUUCUAGUUGCCGCGCUCAGGCUCAAACACCAAUUGGGAUUACUAGGCUAAUAGCUGGUCAUUCAUCGGCUUGCGUUAGGGAUGAGCAGAUAAGAAGGGGGAGAGUGAUGAAGGAUGCCAUAAAGAACUGGAAUUUCACUCAGAAAAUGCAUAUAGUUAGCACGCGAAUUGUGAAGUUUUAAGUUGUGUAGUGACUUUUGCUCAUACUUAAAUGUCUGACUGCACAAAUUUGUUUUACUACAUACUCCGUAUACUACUUGAAAUGUCAAAUGUGUAAUUCUGUUACACUAAACGUUCAUGGAGCCAUAGGCAGGAUCACUUCUGUGGGGACCAUCCACAUGUGAGGAGCUAAUCCCAACCAUCUAUUUAGCUGACAAUGUGUUACAUAGAUGGCUGGUAACUAAGUCCUCACGUGGGCAUAGUCUCCAUAUAUGUUUCAUCCUGCUGCUUAGUAUGUCAAGCAUUGUUCAUAGCAAGAAUUUCCACUCUCAUCCUAUUUUAUUUAAAUAAACAAUCAAUAAGCUUUCGAUGUAUACCAUAAGGAUAUGUUUAGAAUGUAGAAAUUUGGCAGGUAGUUGUUUCCCACACUCCAAAUGCGGCCCAAACUUGUGGUAGAAGGGAGAUUAAUCUUCUUAUCAUCCUGUCCAAUUCCCAUUGUUUUGCAAGCCCCAUACAUAUGCAAAAAGCAUGGACACCUCAAAUUGAUGAAAUAGAGUAGUGGAGUAUAUCCUUGUUCUUUUUAGCCCAUUUAACAUUGACACGUGGAACCAUGAAUUUUCAUUUUACAAAGUGAUGUACCAGAAUUUCAUUGCAAUCUUAUUUAUUAGAUUAACAAUGGACUUAUGAUCAAAUAUAUCGGAUAUCUCAAUUUUAUGAAAAUUUUCCAAUUCACUGUUGCAAUAUAACUGUAAUAAUGGUUGCUACAAAGGAGAGCACAGCUUUAGACAUUGUCAAAUGGUGUGCACUUUUGGAAGCAGUGUGUUAUCUUUGAUCAGUCACCAGGUUGCAUUUCUUCAUUCAGUUCUUUGACAGUAGACUAUAUCUGGGUGUAGCAUGGAGUGUUUGUAUUUGUUGAUGGCAUUUAUGCAAAGCUGUCAAGUCCUUGUUUUUAAUAAAGAAGCAUUAUCUGUCAUUAGACUGCAGUACUGUAACAUUUAUUCGUUCACGUGAAUUUAAUAGUCGAUAUUUAAAACAGAGAUGAAAUACCUUAUUUAUCCAACUUUUUCCUUGCCUCACAAUAGUCUGUGUGAUAACUCUUUGCAUGUCAACAUACAUUGUUACUCCAUAUCUUUUGCACAGUCAUACUGCAAGAAUGCAUCACAUUCUGUUUCUCUGAUGGAUACUCUGCAUAAGUUAGGAAUAAUACAUAAAAGUUGUGUCUUAUUGUUAUUUGAUGAACAUCGCUUAUUCUUUUCAUCUUCUGCUGUGUACACUAAAAUAUCAUAGUAGAUAAAUUAAAAUGCCUCUGGCUUCGGCGCCGUUCUUCAUCAAGGCUCCGGACCGGUGGCGUUCUUCAGCAAGCCGAUAGCGCCACGCCACGCUAAGCUCGCCGCCUAUGAGCGUGAACUGAUUGGACUUGUCCAAGCAGUUCGCCAUUGGCGGCCAUACUUAUGGGGGUGCCGGUUCCUCAUCCGCACCGACCAUUACAGUCUGCGCUUCCUUCUGGACCAACGUCUAUCCACCGUUCCAUAGCACCAAUGGGCAAGCAAGCUACUCGGCUUCGACUUUGCAGUUGAGUACAAGCCGGGAACAACAAACGUGGUGGCAGACGCCCUCUCCAGAAGGGACGAACACCUGGCUGAAGCUCUCGCCUUGUCAGCCCCUCAGUUCUCUCUGUUUGAUGAGCUGCGGCACGAGGUGCUCACGUCGCCCGAGCUGACUGCCAUUCGGGAUGACAUUGCCAAGGGGUCAAAACCGCCGGCCUGGGCGUUCACGGACGGCCUCAUCACGUUCAAAGGCCGUAUCUUUGUGUCUGCAUCAUCACCAUCCUUGCCGGCCAUCCUCGAACUGGCACACGGCCUGGGGCACGAGGGCACGCAGAAUACGCUCUCUCGCCUCCGAGCUGACUUCCACCUCGCACGGGACAGGGCGGUGGUACAAGAGCAUGCCCGAGCCUGUUUCACGUGUCAGCAAAACAAGACGGAGCACCUACAACCGGCCGGCCUCUUGCAAUCCUUGCCGGUGCCAUCGGCGGUGUGGGCUGACAUCGCCAUGGAUUUUGUGGAGGGUCUGCCACGCGUCCAUGGCAAGACGGUCAUCUUAACGGUGGUGGACCGUUUCUCCAAGUUUGCCCACUUUAUACCAAUGGCUCAUCCCUACACGGCAACCUCGGUGGCAGCGGCCUUCUUCUCGGAAAUUGUUCGUCUGCAUGGUGUUCCAGCUUCUAUUGUCAGUGAUCGAGAUCCGGUCUUCACCAGCACUUUCUGGCGGGAGUUGUUCAGAUUGGCCGGAGUACGACUGAACUUGUCGUCGGCAUUUCAUCCUCAGUCUGACGGUCAGUCCGAGGUGACGAACAAGAUCAUUGCGAUGUAUCUCCGUUGUCUUACCGGCGAUCGGCCGCGGCACUGGCUACGGUGGCUUCCAUGGGCAGAGUACUGCUACAACACGUCCUACCAGUCAUCUCUUCGCACGUCGCCGUUCCGUGUGGUUUAUGGCCGUGAGCCGCCUACGCUGCGCGCCUAUGAACCGGGAUCCACUCGUCUGCUGGCAGUCCAACAGGCGAUGCAAGAUCGAGAUGAAUUUUUGCGUGAGAUUCGUGAUCGCCUGGAGCAAGCGCAGCAGACACACAAGUCGGCGUAUGAUGGCAAGCAUCGGGCAUUGGAAUUCAGUGUGGGCGACUGGUUGUGGCUUCGUUUGCUCCAUCGCCCGAUUGCUUCGCUCGGGGUCACCGGCCGUGGUAAGUUGGGGCCUAAAUUUUACGGGCUGUACAGGGUUGCCGAGCGGAUUGGUUCUGUGGCAUAUCGUCUUCAGCUUCCUCCGGGUGCUCGCUUGCAUGAUGUGUUUCACGUGAGGUUGUUGAAGCCAUUUUGUGGAACUCCGCCGGAUUCUGUUCCACCGUUACCGCCCAUUCAACACGGCCAAGUGUGUUUGCAGCCUGCUGCAGUUACGCAGAGUCGAUUGGCUCGUGGAGUUCGUCAAGUUCUUGUUCAGUGGAAGGAUAAGCCUUCUGCCGAAGCUUCAUGGAUGCCUUUGGAUGAAUUUCGCACUCUUCAUCCGGAUUUUCAGCUCGAGGACGAGCUGCUUCUCCAGGGGGGAGAGAUGUCAUGUGGGGAUUGCAAUACAAGCGUCGCAGCAACAGGCGGGCGACGGCAAGGCGUGACGAGGAAUAGUUUUUUACUUCUGUUUUGAUUCGGUUCAGAGUUUGUUAGAUAGUUUGUUAGUUUCUUAUUCCGUAAGUUGUUAGGAGUCUAUCCUUUAGAAUUGCUAUAUAAUCUGUAAGACAGUUUGGUUUUGGAAUCAAUCAAUUACGUGAGAUUAAUCUGCAGACCUAUUCCUGCCUCGCCGGUGCGGUGCCGAACACGGCUCCUCCGCGCCGACGAGGUCCAGGACCGCGUCCUGUUACAGCCUUCAAA